AUGAGUGCCAUUAAAGCUGGUAUUGAAAAAAUGCAAGAAGCUAUGGAACAAAAAAAAGCGAAUGAUAAACAAGAAAAAGCAAAUGAUCCACAUGCAAAACCAAGUGAUCGAGAAGAUGCUCAAUUCGAAGCAAAUAAGGCUGCAGCUAAAGCUGCUGAACAUCAUGCUAAAGCUGAACAACAUAAAACCAAACAUGCCAAUAGUUAA